AUGGCAGAAGAUGCGACAGAAGCUGCGGCUGCGCCUGCGCCCGCAAGCUCCCGGAAAGUCCUCGUCAUAGGUGACGAGACGUUUGCAUACACCUCCGGUCUACAAGAAGCCUAUGCAGAGGUCGAGUUUACGGCAUGCUCCGUGCUGUCAACUACGAACAUCGCCUCCAAAGAAGCGAAUGCAUUCCCGCCCAACCUGAAAGGUAGGGCAAAGCAUAUGCAGAAUCCGCUGCUUGCUGGGAAAGUUUAUCCAGCUGCUGGCUUCGAUGAGCUCAUGUUCUUUCUCCCGGGUCUCAGCUUCCUGGUGCCCAAGGAACUUGGCACCUCGGACAGGCCGCUGUAUGCGUAUAGACUGCAUCACUUUGUGUUUCAUUUGCUGCGCACUACAAAGGUUCUGCUGAAGGGCGAGAGCGAUCUCCACGUCGUUUGGCCAGAGGAGACAUGCUUGAUGAGUUCUCCAUGCGGCGCUGCAGGCAUCGAGCUUGUUCAGCUGUUGAGAUUCCUAGGUUGCAAACAGCAGCCGGAAGCUCGAUACAGUUUAGACAAGCUGAAGCCAGAGAGCCUGAAGCCCGUAGUCUUCGGGUCCGUGCAGAGCGAGCUACCGGAAUGGCUGCAGGGAAUGCAGAUGCUCCGGUUCACCAUAGACACUGGGCCCAUAAAAGUGCCACUCCCUGUGGCCUUACAGAUCCACCCGGACCUGGAGCUCGUUGGCCUCCGGGAGCGUAGCUCCAUCCAGGGAGUGGAGGGUCCAAAGGACACGGCGCCCCUGAAGGCUCAGCUUGUCCACGAGGCCCUCGCUCGGAAAGCGCGGCUGAAGGACAUGUAUGGACCCCAUGACAAGGGGGAAAUGCCUUCCAGCUUUGAUUUAGUUAGGGAAGCGCCAGCACCCGAUCCGGAGGCGCUCCUCUCGGUGCCCAUGGAGGUAUUCAUGAUGUCGUUUGAUGAGCUUCCACAUUUUGGUAACUGCAUGAAAUAUCAGGUAGCGGAGGACCAGCCUCAGAUUUCGCAUGUCUCGAUUGACGUGCUUGAUCCCCGGCUUCCCACUCGCGUGGCGCGUCCUGCGCCGGUGGCCCCGCCGAUGCCGAUGGCUCCACCCGUGGUGGCCGUGAAGAAACGGUCCCGCCCCAAGGAGGAGGAGUGGGGAGAGAUGAAAUUCUACUGCCCCCUCACCAAGAUCGCCACCCCCACAGCCGAGAAGAUGCGGCUUCACAUGGAAGGCGAGCUGUACAAAAAGUUUGCGGCCAGAGAUCCCAACUGGGAUUCCUCAGAUGACAAGAAAGACCUUCUCUUCGACCUGGAGGAGGAGGAAGCAAAGAGGGCCAAGAAAGACAAGGGCAAAGGAGGAGGCAAGGGGAAGGGUGGAGGCAAGUCCAAAGGCAAGUCCGAUGGAAAGUCUAAAGAUGGUAAAUCUAAGGGUGGAGGCAAAUCCAAGGGAAAGAGUGGCGGCAAAAGCCGCUACUGA